AUGCAAGCUCUAAGAAUCUCUCACAAAUGGAUCAUUACCGACUGCGGUUCUAACGCCAGUGUGCUUCGACACAAUAAGCGAAACUUCGGCAAAAUAACACGAUUUUUGGUUUCAGAAAGGUUUGAGGGUUUGAUGCGUAAGCCUUCUGAAGGCGUGCAAAUAGCAAUGGAACCGGAAGACAUACUUCUUGAAGACGAACGCAUUCAACGGCCAAUCCCAAAGAAACUCCGCCACGGCAAAAGGAGGCGAGGAAGCGACGGCUUCCGAAAGAAAUUAUCCCUUUCAGCAGGUUCCGAUCCGACGGAACUCCUUGAAUCGUCCGGCUACGCGGCUCCCGCUCCUCACUACGUCACGGAGUUCGGAAUGGACUAUCCUCUCUCGUCACACAUCAACAAUAACACAAAGGGAGACAUAAGUGAAGUGAUCGAGGGUUGCCUGGGUAUUGUUGCCAAGGACUGGGGAGAGCUGCGUUGCUACAGCACUGCCGAGUUCAGCAUGACAACGGAAAGCCUUGACGGUACAACCACCUAUGUCUACGCUGACAACACUCAAUACAACAACUAUUAUCAGUAUUCCGGAAAUGUGCACUCUCCAACGCAGUCCUACAUGCUGCACCACGGCUCGCAGUCCCCGGUCUCGGUAGAAGACGACAACUCAAGCGGACUCGGAGCGGCUACCAGAGCUUCACCGGCAACUGUAAGUGAUUUUUGA